GACGCCUCGAACUCCUAAAGCUUUUGGCUACUGUAACAAAUGCACGGUAAGAUCGCAUCGACAAAGAGUCCCUUCGAUUAAUUAACGAUAUCGCGAUGUUGUCGAGAAAARUUCUAUCCAAGCCUUUCUUGGCCAAGCGUCUUUUGGAUGUGGCCUCUCCGUCAACUGCAGGGGCCAAAAGUAUAAGAUUGGUGUCUACAUCCCAAACCAAAAAAGGGUUUCCUCCUCCCAUUCUGUUCGACUACGAAACGAUUCGGAACAAUCUGACGGUGGCCGAUGCUAUUCCUUCAGUCAAAGAGGCAUUUUGUGCUCUUGCUGCCGGAAAGGUCGAUGUCCCGAUGCCGAUGCACAUCGGCAUUGAAGAAUCAUUGGCUGCUGGCCCAGGUGAUUGUCACAUUAAGGGCGGCUAUGUCUACGGUGAAAAAACGUUUACCGUGAAAUUGGCGUGUGUCAGCUUCUACAAAAAUGUUACGGAGCGCAACCUUCCUGCUGGAUCUGGGGUUUUUGUGGUCGUUGAUGCCCAAACUGGAGCCCCGUUGGCUUUCUUCCAGGAAAAUCGCAUCAGUAAGUAUUGUGGAAAGUAUGGUACUACGUACAUUCAUGAUAUCACUUGCACAAUUUUGUCUUCGAUUCUUCAACCAGUGAAGUCAUGAUGGGUCUCUUAUWACAACACUUAUUAUACGUACGACUCUGACAAGAAUGCACUUGCUUUAAUAAUUUUUCAUCUKCCUAAGUGACCGACUUGCGAACUGGUGCAGCUGGGGCAGUUGCUAUUGAAUACACAACUCCCAACGACGAUAGCAAUGUAAUCGGCUUUAUUGGCACGGGCGCAAUUGCUCGAAACAUGGCCCGUGCUGCUGCAGCUGUUCGACCAAACUUUACUGGUGUGGCAUAUGGACUGGACUUCCCUGGAGCUGAAGCUUUUGCCAAAGAAAUGUCGUCGGAGUUAGGUUUAAACUUUUCAGUAGCUUCCUCCUCGGAAGAACUUUGCCACCGGUCGAACGUCAUUUUCACUCAAACCACGGGCUCGGAACAUGUUCUUGAGCUCGAACAUCUCCGGAAAGGAACAACCAUAAUUGCUUCUGGGAGUGAUCAACCAACGAAGCAGGAACUUCCGAACGAUGUUUUGGCAUCCGCAGAUAAGUACAUCGCAGAUCUGAUUAAUCAAACCAGCCGAGUAGGCGGUAAGUACUCCCUGCUGAAUAUUUUUUUGUAUCUCCAAAAGCUAAUUCGUAACUAAGAAGGAUUUCUUUUUUCUUUAGAACUCCGUGGAGCAAUUGAAGCGAAUGUCAUGACGACCGAAGAAGUCUAUGCCGAACUCGGUGAAAUUGUGAACGGGAGUAAACCAGGGCGAGAAGAUCACGAAGAGCUCAUAGUGGUAGAUUUGACAGGCACAGGAGCCCAAGAUGCAGCGAUUGGGCAGGUAUGUAUCGAUAGUAUGACGUCAUAUUUCAAAGGUUUCAUUGUCCCAAACUCAAUGUUAACAAUUCUAAUCAUUGCUUCGUCACUCUUUACACCCACACCCCGGCAUUCAUAUUGAUGACAAAAAGGUCGCAUGGGAUAAAUUGAGUAGGMUUGAGUAGGCUGCAGAGUAUGGUGUCGGGAGAUCGACUGAGCACUGCUCUGAGCAAAAUUGUUCCAUGCGUUCUCUUUUUUCAGAAGUCGCUUUUCUGAAACAGUUAUACUGCUUCCUCCGUUUUAAUCCAAUCAAGCAAGCGUAUCAAGUCUAUGUCAUAAUAGAGCUAUUUUAAAACA